AUGGCGCUUGACAACUAUUUCCGCAAUAAGAUCGAGAGCCUGAAGCUCGAGAUCAUCAAGGGUCAGGCGGUUUUGAGACGAUUAGAGGCGCAGCGCAAUGACUAUAACUCGAGACCCGGUUCCUACGUCGGCGAAGUGGUGAAGGUGAUGAGCACCAAGAAGGUCCUCGUGAAGGUGCAUCCCGAAGGCAAAUACGUGGUGGACGUGGCUGACAAUGUCGAUAUUUCCAAACUGACGGUCGGCAAGCGAGUAUCGCUUCUAUCAGACUCCUACAAGCUUGAAAAGAUUUUGCCCUCGUCUGUCGAUCCACUCGUAUCUCUAAUGAUGGUGGAGAAGGUGCCCGAUAGUACAUACGACAUGAUUGGUGGUCUGGAUCAACAGAUCAAGGAAAUCAAGGAGGUCAUCGAGCUGGGCCUGAAACACCCGGAGCUGUUCGAGUCUCUGGGUAUUGCGCAACCCAAAGGUGUCCUACUCUACGGGCCUCCAGGCACGGGCAAGACGCUCCUGGCCCGGGCUGUCGCCCAUCACGCCGACUGCAAGUUCAUCCGGGUCAGCGGAUCGGAACUGGUUCAAAAGUAUAUCGGUGAGGGGAGCCGGAUGGUGCGGGAGCUUUUUGUCAUGGCUCGUGAACAUGCCCCUAGCAUUAUCUUCAUGGACGAGAUCGACAGUAUCGGCUCGAGUCGAGUUGAAGGCAGCAGCGGAGGGGACUCGGAGGUGCAGCGGACCAUGUUAGAAUUGCUGAACCAAUUAGAUGGAUUCGAACCGACAAAGAACAUCAAGGUCAUCAUGGCCACCAAUCGACUCGACAUUCUCGACCCAGCUCUAUUACGACCAGGACGGAUUGACCGGAAGAUUGAAUUCCCCCCGCCUUCUGUGGAAGCGCGGGCGGAUAUUUUGCGAAUCCAUUCCCGGUCUAUGAACCUGACGCGAGGGAUCAACUUGACCAAGAUCGCCGAGAAGAUGAACGGAUGCUCGGGAGCCGAAUUGAAGGGAGUUUGCACGGAGGCGGGCAUGUACGCGUUGCGGGAGCGACGGGUUCAUGUGACACAGGAAGAUUUCGAUUUGGCGACAGCCAAGAUCUUGAACAAGCAUGAUGACAAGGAGGUCAGUCUGGGCAAGGUCUGGAAGUAG